AAAAACCCAGAAGCCCUUCAAGUAAAAUGUACUCCCUUUAGGCACUAUACAAUGGCUAAAGAGAGGAAAUUGGAUAAACCCAUCAUCUAUAUUCUCAGCUAAGACACGAAAGAGGGGAAAUUGGACAAACCCAUCAUCUAUAUUCUCAACUAAGACGAAGGAGAACAAGAUAGCGAUGGCAUUGCUUCGGUACAUAGGGCAAUGGAGGAACAACGCCAAAGAAGCAUUAGAUCGAACGAUGAUAGUUGUAAAAUUCCUCUGCUUGCUCCAUGUUACAGACACCUAUCUCUGUUCCCCAACCAUCGUCUACGGUCCCAGUAUGCUUCCAACCUUCAAUCUGACUGGCGAUGUUGUAUUGGUCGAUUACAUUUCUCAUCGGCUAGGUAGAGUUGGUCCUGGUGAUAUUGUUCUGGUUCGCUCGCCUGAAAAUCCUAGAAGAAUGGUUGUCAAGCGUAUUUUGGCUAUGGGUGGUGAUACAAUAACUUUCCAGGUCGAUCCACGGAAUAGUGAAAGAUGCAGGACUAUUGUGGUGCCCAAGGGGCAUGUUUGGAUUCAAGGAGAUAACAUUUAUCUGUCUAAAGAUUCAAGGAGUUUUGGACCUGUUCCUUAUGGCCUUAUUAAAGGGAAAGUGUACAGUCGAGUAUGGCCACCCAAUGGUUUUGGGUUCCUGGAAUGAUCAUUGAAAACUACAAGGUUUGUUGGUCUAAAGGUACAUUUUCAAAAAAUCAUUUUCUUGGAUGCAACUGCCGAUCAUUUUAGUGCUGAAUGGGGAAAGCUAUUGCCAUUUUUGUUCCCAAACAGUGGGAAAAUGUGGCCUCCUACAAAAGGGAAGAACAUAAAGUUUUUGUUUUCCCUCUUGCCAAUUCCUUUUGUAUAUUCUCUUAUUCGACUUCUUUUGCAUCUUCAACCCAAAUUUCCAUGAUCCUGAUGUGGUGAAGAUGACUUUUGUAACUAAGAGACAAGUCAACAGUUAGGGUUUAUAACUCUUCUUCAAUUACUUCACCUAGCUUUAGAACUUUGUUUCAUUUAUGCAAACAUUCUAUUUUGUGACC